AUGCAAAGGGCCAGCGCCUGCCGGGGACCAGCGCAGCCGCGGCCGCAGCAGCCUCCCGCUUUGGACCAGGGCGGCCGCAGCCGCUGCAGCUGCUACCCCAGCCCGAGGAAGCUGCAGCGUGGUUCGGGAGCCCCCCGGGGCUUGCUGCUCUUCCUUCUCACCCUCUGGGUGAGCUCCUGCAAAGGUGCACCAAUGGCAUCCCAUCUACAAGGAGAACAAGAUUUGCAGUUGUGGAAUGAGAUAGAUGAUGUGUGUUCUACUUACCUGGUCAGGGAUAGUCCACCUCAGCCAUCUAAAACAUUGGAAGAUCUUUGCUUUAUGGUUCUGGAACUUCUACAGAAAUCUCAGGAGUUAGAUGAAAAAGAUAACACCAAAAGAUACUUAUUUCAUUAUUCUAAGACCCAUGACACAGGCAACUCAAACGUUCUGUCGUCUGUCCUGCAUCCUUUGCUGCAACUUAUUCCCCAACUGCAUGAGAGGAGACUGAAGAGAUACAAAAUGGACGAAGAACUUCAAAUACCUGGAGGAAUUCAAAGUAGAGGAUACUUUAUCUUCAGGCCACGCAAUGGAAGAAGAUCAGCUACUUUUCGUUAA